AUGCUCUCCGACGUAUCCCGCUUUCUGUGUUGCCUGUCGAUUGGCAACCGGUUUUCACGUAGGCCCAGCGAUGAGCCUCUGACACCAACUCCGCCACCUGCUCCACCGCCAGAGGCUCAUAACGAAUCUGUGGUCUCCUCAGGUAGCGAUACAACCUCGCGCGCAAGAUUUGCGCCUAGAAGGACUCGACGCCAGAGGCCUCCUCCACCUAUCAACCCGAGAAGACCACCUUGCAAAAAAGCUUUACUUAUUGGGAUCAGUCGUGUCGCGGAGCUACAAGAAGCCCCAGCGAACAUGCCCAUUCCGAGGUCCUGGAGUAUGCACCAACGGUCGUUUGGGGCUCUCCAAGGGCCGCAUAACGAGGUCGAAGCAACGAAGAACCUGCUCGUCGACCUGUACGAAUAUGAUCCGAAGGACAUUGUCAUUCUCAAGGACUCGGAAGGCCAGAGCGAUGAGCUCCUUCCGACAAGAGAUAAUAUUAUUAAACGAGUCAAGGAGUUGACGGCGGAAGCCAAAGCCGACGAUCAUUUCUAUUUUCACUUCUCUGGUCACUCGAUUCAACUACCAACCACAGACACCAGAGAAGAGGACCGAAUGAACGAAUGUAUCGUGACCUGCGACGGCUACUACAUCGUCGAUGAUGACAUUCGGGAAUAUCUUGUUGAACCAAUCCCCGAAGGCGCCUAUCUCACAGUAGGCAUUCGUCUACUACUUUCACGCCAGUGCAAUCGUCUGACAUGGAUUAGGCUGUGGUCGACUCCUGCCACUCCGGUUCACUUUUGGGUAAUGCUACUCGUUGCCCGUGUAAUUGGUAAUGGGCGUCUAAGCGUCGACAGAUCUCUACCACUGGCGCUGUAA